AUGGAAAGCAACCUUGACCCUAAUCUUGUGGCUGAAUUGUUAGCUAAGCGCGAUCAGCUCAUAGAUGCAUAUGAAAAAAUCGCUAUCUCGCUUAGAGCUGCGGCCGUCGCAUGUGGCGAAUUUCAAGCAUUAUUGCCUAGAGACGUAGGGGUGCCGCCUAUUCAAAUUCCACAACAACAAGAAAUCGGUGCUGUAGCAAACCAAAGAAGGAUCCGGAAACCUCACGCUAAAGAUCCGAAUGCACCGAAGAAACCUAAUACGGCUUAUAUCCUGUUUAGUAAUGAGAUUCGAGCUGCUACUAAAGCUGAAUUUCCUGAUCUCAAUCAAAAAGAAAUAGUGACAAAGAUUGGACUGAAAUGGAAGGAAUUAUCACGCGAACAAAAGAAGGUCUAUGAAGAUCGAUACUUUGCUGACCGGGAACGAUAUGAUGAGGAAUUACGAGCUUAUCGAGCCGCACAAGGGUUCUUUGAAUCGCCUACUGAAACAUCAUCUAAUGAAGAUAAUGGUGAUCACAGCGUUCUUGCAACUGCAAUGGUUCAAUCUGGAACCACCCCACAUUUCAAUGCUGGCAUAUCUCAUAUGGGAUCAACUCUGACAUCUGCUGGUCCCUUGAUGACGACAUUCUCCGCGAAUGAGCAAUCAUCGCUCACUUUCGCGACUGAUCAGACCACUUAUCUUACUACAAAUAACCAUCAACAACAGUCAUUCACAGUCAUGCCUGAUACCUUCCCCACAAAUCUUACAAACACUACGGCAACGGUAUCGGAUGGAAAUUCGGUUUCCUCCAAAAAGCGUAACUCUGACGAAGCUGAAUUAAAUACAGAUGCCACACAAGAGCCUGCUGAUAAUCAGCAAGAAAAUGGUCAACAUGAGGGCGAGAAUGUUUCAACGAGGAAAAGAAGAGCUCUUAGUAAAGGGAAAAAAAAUCAAGAAGCAGAACCGGAAGCAACUGAUUCAUCCGUAUUUAAUGUACCCGUAACCGAACCUGAUCCCCCAGCAAAAAAGACACGAGCACGACGCAAUGUCACAUCAAACGGAACUUCAGCUGUUGUUCCUUUGCAAGAAGACACCACAACGAAGAGACGACGGGGUAGAAAUGCAGCAUAA